AUGGUUGCUCAUGAGAAUAGGUUCGGAAAAGAUUCAGAAAAUAUAAAAGCAUGUAAAGCAGCAUUGUCUGAAGCUGCAGACUUGAAAGCCAGAAACCGAGCUGGGAAGAUAAGUAAAGGAAUCUAUGAAAUAAAAUACAAGCUUGGAAGGAAAAAGGUUCUGUUGGUUCUUGAUGAUGUUGAUGAGAUGGAACAAAUAGGAAAUUUGGCAGGAGGAAGUGAUUGGUUUGGUCCAGGUAGUACGGUCAUUAUAACUACAAGGGACAAAGGUUUGCUUGUAGGUACUCAUUCUUUUGUAGUUCAAAGUAUUUAUGAAAUGACUGAACUUAGUGAUCAACAUUCUCUUGAGUUGUUUUGUCGAAAUGCCUUUGGAAAAAGCAAUCCUGAAACAGGAUAUGAAGCCACGUCUUCUCGUGCGGUUGGUUAUGCAAAAGGUCUUCCAUUGGCUUUAAAAGUAAUAGGCUCCAAUUUGGCUACUAGAAAAAGUUUAAAAGCUUGGGAGCAUGCGUUGAAAGAUUAUGAGAGGAUUCCUCGUAAAGGGAUUCAAGAUGUGCUAAAAGUAAGCUAUGAUGUGUUGCAGCCGUAUGCUCAGAGUGUUUUCCUAGAUAUAGCUUGCUGCUUCAAAGGGGGAAGAAUAGAAUAUUUUGAAGAGAUACUAGCUUGA